AUGUCUACCGAGACGCAGCUUCCGCUACAGGAGGCACCUGCUGCUACUAUCAAAUCUACUGACCCUACCUCUACUGCCACAGCUCCUCCAACUGCUGAGCAGACAACUGAGAAGCCCGCGCUCGGACCAGCCGAGGGUAUCACAUCCGACAAAGGGACCGCUGAAGCAGUUCCCAAUGUCGUCAACCCCAUCAAGGAAGAGAAGGUUGGCAAGGGGGAGGUCAUGGUUGAGGCCAAGCCGAUCAACGAGGGAAUCCUAAACUACAAAGCUCCCGGCCUCAAGGGUCUCCUCUUUUCAAAGAAAUACUUCUGGCUCAGCGAUGCUCCACUUGAAAGCAAGAACCUGUCUGCGUACAUAGGAAAUGAAAAGCCAAAGGACGUUGGACGUGGUAAUGCUGCUCACGCCACGCAGACUGGCAAAGGGCUAUUAUUCUUUGCCAAGCGCGCCGAGGAUAAAGACCAUCCACAGGGCAUACUCAAUCUCGCUGAUCUGAGCGAUCUCGCCAAAGGAAACUUUAAUGAUUUCUCAGCUCAUUUCAACGGACAGAAACAUAGUUUCCAGGCCCAGACGAAGGCCGAACGCGAUAGCUGGAUUGUAACUCUGGGGCCAAUGGCUACCGAAGCUCAGACUGCCAGAGAAGGGAUUGUCGGUAGCGAAGGCUAUAAGACACAAUUGGACACAUAUGGCAAACCUGGAGCUGCCCCAGCCACCACGAGCAAAUCGCGCUCCCUUUCAAGGCCCAACAAAGCUAGCAAGUCUCGGGAGCGAGCGAAGGAGACAACAGCGUCAAAGGAAGCCAAGGAGGUCAAAGCUGAAAUCGAUGGUAAACAGGAAACGCCAUUUACUACAUCUGCAACUCCUGCACCUCAAACCGACGGAGCAGCCGAGCCGACGACCACCGCAACAACCAAAGAAGCCAAGAAAGACGCAACGGCCGAACAUGCUGGUGAAGUCGCCGCUGGAGCAGCUACUGGAGGUGCUACCGCGGCCGCCGUAGCGAGGAAAGAGUCUUCCGAGGAUGAUAAGAAAGAUAAGAAGAGUCGCUCACAAUCCCGGGGCAACAAGCGAGGAAGUAUUUUCGGUGGACUCCUUGGCAAGAAGGACGAGCCAAAGAAAGCCGAAAAGGAAGAGAAGAAGGAGAAGAAGGAAGAGAAAAAGGACGAGAAAAAUAUCAUCGCAGCAGUGAAGAAGGACGAAAAGAAAGAGGAGAAGCGAGAAGAGAAGGAGGAGAAAAAGGCUGAGAAAGACGCCGAAAAAACUGAAAAGAAAGUCGAAAAGGAGGAGAAGAAGGCAGAGAAAGAUGCCGAAAAGGCAGAAAAGAAGGUUGAAAAGGAAGUUGAAAAGGCAGAGAAGCACGACGAAAAGGCCGCUAAAGCUGACGAAGCUGCAGCAGUUGCUGCUGCUGGAGCGGCAGCUGCAACUGGUGUCGCUGCUUCUAAAAAACCAGAACAUGAGAAGAAGGAUGCCCUCGAGCCUGUUCCAGUCACAGGUACGGAGGGUACGAAGUCUGCAGAUACGACACCCGUUUCCACUACAAAGGAGAAGCCAAACAAGAGGAGUUCGGUCUUCGGUGGCUUGUUCGGCAAGAAGGACACGACUUCUCCUGUAGAGAAGAAAGAAGAGACAACACCAGUCGCCGCUGAGCCCCCGCAACUCGAAAAUCCAGUGACUUCUCCCACAUAUGAAACGCCAGGCGGCGUAACCAUUACCAAGAAGGAGCCAGAGACCGCCGUUGAGUCUCCUGCCGCUACAUCCGCCACCACGCCUACAGAUAAGAGACGAACAUCGUUCUUCAGCGGCCUUGGUACGAAGAAGGAGAAGAAACCCGACACCCUUGUUGAUGAGGAAAAGAAGAAGAAACCCGAGACUACGUCAGGUGAUGAGCUCACCGACGGCGAGAAGAAAAAGAAAGAAGGUGGUAUUGGUGGACUCCUUCGAAAAGCAAGUCGCGCUCAGCCCAAGAAAGACUCAAAAGCUUCGAAGACUGGUGCGGCUGCCGUGCCUCUUCCCAAGGGUACCUCUGCUGCCGAGAAGGCUAUCAAAGAGGGCGAAAAGGAAAUUGAAGAGGGCGAGAAGAAGAUUGAAGAAGGCGAGAAAAAGAUCGAGGAGGGCGAAAAAGCUAUCAAAUCAGCGACUACAGGUGGCGAGCCUUCCACAGCAGAGGGCGUUGCAGCUCUAACGAAGCCCGCGGAGCCCACCCCGGUGGAGACCAAGGCCUAA